AGUGUCAAUUUAACGGAAGUGGUACUGCCCAGAAGAACAAGCCGAGGAGCGAGACGGAGGUCGUAGACUCCAACUAUACCUUUCGCGGAUAAAAGCAGGAGGAAAGGCCGUAAAUAAUCGUUAACAAUGGACAAGAGCGACCUGGUGCAGAAAGCCAAGCUGGCCGAGCAGGCCGAGCGCUAUGACGACAUGGCUGCCGCCAUGAAGCUGGUGACGGAGCAGGGCACCGAGCUCUCCAACGAGGAGCGCAACCUGCUGUCGGUGGCCUACAAGAACGUGGUGGGCGCCCGCCGCUCCUCCUGGCGCGUCAUCUCCAGCAUCGAGCAGAAGACCGAGGGCAACGAGAAGAAGCAGCAGAUGGCCAAGGAGUACCGCGAGAAGAUCGAGGUGGAACUGCAGGACAUCUGCAACGACGUGCUGGGCCUCCUGGACAAAUACCUGAUUGCCAACGCCAGCCAGCCCGAGAGCAAGGUGUUCUACCUGAAGAUGAAAGGAGACUACUACAGAUACCUGUCUGAGGUUGCCUCUGGGGAUUCCAAGAAGACCACGGUGGACAACUCUCAGCAGGCGUACCAGCAGGCUUUCGAUAUCAGCAAGAAGGAGAUGCAGCCCACGCACCCCAUCCGCCUGGGCCUGGCUCUCAACUUCUCUGUCUUCUACUACGAGAUCCUCAACUCGCCUGAACAGGCCUGCACUCUGGCAAAGACCGCAUUCGAUGAAGCCAUUGCUGAGCUUGAUACCUUAAACGAGGAUUCCUACAAAGACAGCACCUUGAUCAUGCAACUACUAAGGGACAACCUGACCCUGUGGACAUCAGAAAACCAGGGUGACGAGGCGGAUGCUGGAGAGGGGGAGAACUAGAGACAGCACCCUAUCGUCUGACCACACAUACACGCACACACACAGACACAUACACACACAAACAAAAAUACACUCUUCAUCUUAAGAAAAAAAAAAUACACACACAAACGGCUUCUUCCACUCCCACGCCCCCCCCUUUUACCAUUUUACCCCCCUUUCAUUCCCAGCCCAUCCCGAAAUGCCCCAGCCCUACUGUAUGACUAGCAGCAUGAGUUGUACCUGAGCUUACCACAGUCCUGCUCCCCCUGAGGUGCACUAACACAGUACAGGGGAGAGCAUUCACAGGGGAACAUGCACAUGUUAGCAGGGCCAGUCAUUUUCUUUGUGAAAUUUAAAUGUGGUUGUAUUGAGUAGUGAGUCCAUAUUCUUUGUGCGUGUAUGUCUGUGUGUGUGCGUGCAUGUGCGUGUGUGCGUCUGGUGUGACUGAGUGAGCGAAUGAGAGAGAGAGGAGAGGCGACACGAUAAAAGUCUCCAUGUGCACGUGAAAGAGGUUGUGUCCAAGUGUGAAUGUGUGUACGAAUGUAAGGGGGUUGGGGGUUGUGAAUUCUAAUCGUCCUUCCUGAUAAUUCCCUUUUUUUCUCCACCUAGCUGGUUGUGCAUUUUUCAUCCUUUUUUGUUACGGUCAUAUUUUUUAGUGUAAUUGGUCAUGGUAUUUACAGGUUUUAUUGUAUGGUUAUUAAACUGGCAGUUUAUUUUCACCAACA